GGGAUCUGGACCAUGCCACGCCAGCCUAGGACAGGGGAGAGCGAGAGGGCGAGCGAGCGAGCCUGGGGAGGUUCAGGCAGCCUACAAGGAUAGGAGGCAAGGCAGGACCCUUUCAGCCUCCCCCUGUGGACUUGCACACACUCCAGUUUGCUGCAGUGCUGUGAUUGCAAUGUGUGGAAAGCAGCCAGGGAGGCUUGCGUUUGCUGCCCAGCUCCUGUUUUUGUGUGUGUGUGUGUUGUAACCCUCCCUCCCCCUUGCUCCAGGUUCAGUCGAGCCUCGGCUUCCUGCCUGGGUGUGGACUCGAACUGAUUUCUUCCAGCCAGCUCCCCUCCACAGCUGCUGUUGUCUGUUUGCGCCUCAUCCCACUUACUGGAUUAAAACAUUAAUUAAAACAAGAAACAAAGACCGGCGGGUUAGUGUAACGAAGCUUCAACCGGGAGGCAGACAGAUAGAGAAGAAGGAAAUUGCAGCCAUGAAUAAUUGAGUGUAUUUUACCCGGCAGCCAGAGGGAACUCCUUCCCAUACGGAUUAAAAGAAGUUUACCCGCACCCUCCCAUCCACCCGCAGGCUGUGCCGGGGCUGCAAGAGACGUUGAGGACAGAGAGAGAGAACGGAGACCCAAAGGGAGUGUCCCCAUCCAGCUGGAGAUUCUUUUUUAUAAUAAGCAAGCAAGUUUGAAGAAAGUCGCACCGUUCCCCUCCCUUCCCUGGGUAGAACCGAAGCAAUGCAGGGAGAUGGAAUGGAAAUGGAUACCAGUAAGCAGCCCGGAGCAGGAAUACAAUGGAAGCAGCAGCUCCUGCGACCUAACAGCCAAGACAACUGAUAGCCUUUAAACCCCACCAACUGUUUGAACACGCUCCUGUGCAGAACGGGCGUCGGGGGAGAAAGAAGAGGAACUUUUUCUUUUAAUCCCGGCUCUUUCCCACCCACCCUUCUCUGGGUUCCGGACUAGUGCAAGCUGUCUCUCCCUGUAUCUUUCUGUCUGUGUGUGUGUGUUUCCUUGCUACUGCUCCGGGGGUGACCGCCACUUACUCCUUGAGCCGCUGACUGACUGGGAACUUUCUCCACCCCACCCGUGAGCAACUUGGGCAACCUGUCAUCAGGUUGGGUUUUCAGCUCGGAGACGGUGGAGGUUUCACUGGAGCGUCCGCGUCCUCCUUACCCUCCCUUCCCGAGAGAUCGACACCAGCUGAAUUGCACCGAGACAAGUCUACAAUAGCAAACGGAGGUGUAGAAAGCUUUGCUGUGACAAACGGGGGCCCCUAUCUUCUCCGAAGCAACUGGGAACCCAUCUCCUGGUGCUUCCUACCUUGACAAGCCGUGUGUGUGCGAGGACAGGCCCAGAGAAAGUCACUCGGCCCCUGAACUGGAGGAGGGGGGCCUUGUGUUAAAUUGUUUUAUUUCGGUGGGUGCAGAGGUUCGCCCUGAUAGUAAGGGGGCUGUGGCAGCGCAGGUAGAAAAAGAAGCUGGCCUCUGACGUGAGCGUGUCGUUUCUGGGAUAUAUUAGCCGAAGAGAGGACAUUUAAACUCGUGCCUCUUGUCUAGUUCACACACACACCACAUACAAAACCCCUCUACUGCCCAACAUCGGAGCAAAAGGAGGACCCGAGAAUUAGCAGCAAGCAGCCCACUUUUCACAUUGCUUGUCAAAGUUAGAGACAGGAACCUGACCCCUGUGGGCAUACAAGAUAUUGGAUAAGAACUGUUCACCUCGCCUCCUACAAGGUCAUUUCAGCAACUUUGUCUGACUUUGAACCUACAGAUCCUUUUCAAACCUGAAGCAGCUGAGCAGCCUUUGGACUCCUUCCGUUUCAUUUUAGUGGAAAUUUUCAAUCUUUUUGUGAUUCUUGGGGGAACAUUGGAUGUACAUUACAAUGUGAUAACUUCCCAUGGACAAAUAUUGAAGGGAUUAUAUCGACUUGAGUAUUUAUUUACCUGCAGCAUCUGUCUGGCCACUUGCUGCUCUCAGCUUCCACCCACUGUGGCUGUUCAACAUCCAGAUCCUGGUCACUGCUCUCACCAGCUCGCUCAUCAUUUGAAGUUUCUGCUGUGGGAGUUGCUGUCCAAUGUUUCUGUAGUUCCACACUUGGCUGAAUCUCCCAGUCUGGUCGAAGGCACCUCCAUUCAGUGCUCACUCCAUCGUGCAGGAUUGUUCUUUCGGUCUUGCUCCCUUUUUGGUUGUCGCUGAUUUGUGAAGCCUAACAGGCCCACAUUGUGUUUUCUGCAGCUGUCCCUACUGUGCCAAGCUAGUUCCAAUGGUGAUCACCUCCGCCAGUGAAGUUGAACAGUCUCCCCCCAGCAUGCUGGCUGCCCUACAGUCAGAAUGGAUUAAGCAGGAUCCCAUUUGUUACCUGCCUGCCACCCACUGCAGCAAGAAGGCCUCUCGAAGUGGGACCAGCUCAGGAUGCAAGCCCCCCUCCAAACACUGCUUGCCUGCCUCAUUUGGCUUCACCCCCGCUGAACCCAGCAUGUCAAACCAGCAUGGCCACCUGCCUCUUGGCAACGUGCAGCCCAUGUGUGAACUGCAGCAGGUUCGGCAGGGACAUCACUGGGGAGUGACCGCUGGCCGGGCACCCAACUCUGACCACCAGAGAGGAAACCACAGUGAGCGAAUGCUAUCGGACAUGACGAUCUUACAAAGGAGGAUUCCAGUUAGUUUUCGUGAUCCUGGGACGGCGCCUCUGAGAAAACUCUCGGUGGAUUUGAUAAAGACGUACAAGCACAUUAAUGAGGUGUACUAUGCCAAGAAAAAGCGUCGCGCCCAGCACGUUCCCCCAGACGACUCCAGCAACAAGAAGGAGAGAAAGAUUUACAAUGAUGGCUACGAUGAUGAUAACUACGAUUACAUUGUGAAGAAUGGAGAGAAGUGGAUGGAGCGAUAUGAGAUUGACUCCCUGAUUGGGAAGGGCUCAUUUGGGCAGGUAAUGGACAAGGCAGUGUGUAGUUUCAGCAGAGUUAGAAAGCACCCUGAAAUAUAGGACUGAGGCCCAUUG